GCCAGUAAACAAACAAACAGUUGUCUUUCCUUACUCCAACUUGGUAAAUCAGUUGACUGUUGUCUUUUUUAACUAAAUUCAAUUGCAAAUAUUACCUUUUUAUUAUAUUGCUUCCAGAUGAUAUAAUUAAUUAAAUUAGUUGUUAAAUUAAAUUAAAUAUGUGGUUUAUGAUUAUUUUAAGUUGGCUUGCCAUCUUUGUGCAAGUAUCUUUUAUCAUUAUGUCCUUAGCUGCUGGUCUCUACUAUUUAACUGAACUGGUUGAAGAAUAUACUGUGAUAGCUGCAAAAGUGAUUCGCUAUGUUAUAUUUGUUACAUUAUUUAUAUAUUUGUGCCUUUUGAUUUUUGAAAAUUUACCCAUGAGUCUAUUAUUGACUGGGAUUAUCAGCCAACUAGUUCAUCUUGUAAUACUCAAAAAUUUCCCCUUCUUCACCUUUACAUCGAUACCCUUCAUCUCAGGGAUAAUUUUACUUUUUGUCAACCAUUAUUUAGCAUUUACCUUUUUUGCCAACGGACUGUAUCCAUUAACACAGGUUCUAGGAUUUUUCACUUUAUGUCUAUGGAUUGUUCCGUUUUCAUUUUUCAUUUCACUUUCUGCAAAUGAUAAUGUUUUACCCACUCUGGCUGAAACAAGGCCGCUUGUAUCAGAUGAUUCAGAUGUUGUCAGCCAUUAUUUUUCACGUAAAACCAAAAAAUAUGGACUUUAUUCAUUUUUAAAUUACUGUAAAGAAAAUUUACUUGGAUCUCGUGUUAAGAAAUCAUUUUAAAUGAAGCAAUUAACCAUUGGUUGGAUGGAAAGAAACGUUAAUCAAAAACACAGCUCAAUAAUGUGAACAAUAUGAACAUUGAUAAUAAAGAGAUGCUUAUAUUUAUACAUAAAUAAUUUAUACCAAUCGAGAUGUUUAAGGAGAAAGAUUAUUGAUUUGUUACUUGAAAUCUAUUGAGAAUGGUGAAGGAUCAAAAGGAGGAAAAGGAGAAGAUGAAAAGGCUGACGAGAUGAAAUGCUGAAUUCAUGUCUUUCACUGAUAUUCAAUCUGAAGGAAUCUUUGACAUUUCCACAAAACUCGAUAGACAUGAUACUUUCGUUUAAUGAAACGUAUUUCAACUUGGAGUAGUCUGUUUCAGUUGGAUUAAUUGAUUGUAUUUGGAGCAAAAUCAGGGAAAUAUUCAUUUUGAAAGAGCCAUUAUUAUCAUUGAUCAACUGUAAAAAGGUUAUCAGAUGAAAGACGAUUGAAAUUUGUUUGUCCGCUGCUGCCAAAUGUUUUAUUUGUUGUUUGGAUCAAUGUUGAUGAAUAUGAUUAAUGAUUAGGUUAACCCUUGAAGAUGUUCUAGUAACGUGCUCUGGUUCUCGAUUCUAAUCAUGUUACAAUUGACUAUACUUACCAUGUAUUGAGGUUCAUUUAUUGAAGGCUAAAUGCCUCUAACUUUUAAUGUAAUUACCUUUUCUUCUUGUUAUUAUUGUUGUUACAAGGUAAUUUAUGGAUUGGGUGUUAAUGCAGGUAAAAAAAGGUAAUAUUGUGUCUGAUAUUGAUUAAUUUUGAGCUUGUAAACCAUCCAAAUAAUGAGCAAUUUUUGUUUCACGGAUAAAAAGACAAAAAUUAAAUUAAAUUGACGUCAACAAUUUGAA